AUCGCGUUAUUACCUUUUGGGUUGCGAAUUUGAAUGCUGAAUCAGUGCCGGGACAUCCUUCACACUUUCUCAUCAAAUUCGCUGUUCUCGAGGUUGCAUAUUCCUUGCACAAGUUCUCAGUGGAGAUUUAUUUUCUGAAAUCCAUUCUAUACAACCCAUUGAAUUUUAUUGUUAUUGUAGGUUUCAGGGUGAACUUAGUUUCUUAAGUUUUCGUACUCAUUGCCUCUGCUACUUCAAUCUAUAUUUGGAAGUCUUAUGGAUUCUCCUUCCAACAGUCCACAUCUACGGAAAUCUGGAAGCCGAGCAGUUGUUUCUGAUUUUGGUACACUUGAACCUGGUAGUGUUUUUGAAGAAGCCGUUUUGCAUAACAUAGAGGCCAAUGAAAUGAAGGGUGUGAGCACACCACCGAGCACUACGACCAUAAUUCCAUCUCCUGUUCUUCUAUGGAGACUUAAGGUGUUACUGUUUCUCAUCUGGGGUGUUAGUUGUUGCAAGAUCAGCUGGGAUUCAGUCAUGAGAAUGAGUGUAAACCUCCGUGAUCUGUUUCUGUAUGAGGCUUUUCUUUAUUACAAUCCUUUGCUACUUGUGACGAUAAUGGUUUGGCUUUGGGGCAUGAACCUAUGGGUUUUUGCACAGGCUAAUGUUGACUUUGCUAAAAUUUUUGACCUCGAUCAAAAUCAUCUCUCUCACAGAGAGAUUUGGAAGUGUGCUACCUGGAUGACCAUCAUCGUGCCAACUAGCAUGACAACCUAUCUCUAUCUCUACUCAAAUGGAGAAGUUUCGUUGGCUGCAUCUCAACCAGUGCUCUUAUAUGCUGCUUUCGCCAUGGCUCUGAUAUUUCCCUUUCAUAUUUUCUAUUUAUCAUCUCGCUACUUUUUGUUAAGAACACUUUGGAGGAUAGUUUUCCCGCUGCAGGCAAUAGCUUUUGCUGACUUCUUCCUGGCUGAUAUAUUAACUUCUAUGUCAAAGGUACACAACCUCUUCUUUCCUUUGACAAAAAAAAGGAAAGGACAUUACAGGAGAAAAACUUGUGCCCCUGGCAAUGCUAAUGCUAUUCGAAAUGCACAGGUAUUUUCAGAUUUGGAGCGUUCAGUUUGUAGAAUGGUUCAUCGACAGGUUGCUACCAUUGCAUGGUUUGAAGCUGAUUCUGUUUGUGGCAGUCACUCUGUUGCAAUUCCUAUCAUUCUUGUAUUGCCUUAUCUAUUUCGUCUGUUUCAAUGUCUUCGGCAAUACAAGGAUACUAGAGAUAGGACUACCCUGUUCAAUGCUUUAAAAUAUUCAACAGCAGUACCAGUGAUAUUUGUGUCAGCCCUUAAGUAUCACGUAUUCCCUGACAACUGGGUUAACCUUUAUAGGCCUUUGUGGCUUCUCUCGGCAGUUGUGAACUGUCUCUAUUCGUUUUAUUGGGAUCUGACAAGAGAUUGGGACUUAAGUUGUUUCACUCGGGUUUUCAAGUUCACCAGACCACAUAUUCUAUCACAUUGUUUGUACGGACGCAAAUGGGUGUACUUUUGGGUGAUCGGAAGCAACCUAAUAUUGCGAUGCACGUGGACAUACAAGCUGUCUGCCCAUCUCCGACACAAUUACCUCACAGUAUUCACAAUAACUGCUCUAGAGAUCUUCCGUCGUUUCCAAUGGGCUUUCUUCCGUGUAGAAAAUGAGUGGAAUAAGAUAAGCACCAAAUCAAAUAGUAAACUCUCCAUGAGUGACGUCCCCAAAGAAGAAGAACUACUCAACUCCAAUGGUCACAAUGUAUAGCCUACCCAACAUUGUACAUGCCGAUCCAUUUUUCGCACAUUUGCAAAUAAUAAUUUCUUGUCAAUAGUAUAGGAUGCCGUACAAGGCUAACAGGGGUAAAUAACUAACAUGAAGAUAUACAAAAUUUGUUGGGAAACCUUUUCA